AUGUCUUCCAUGCGUGGAUUGGUCCAGUUCAUCGCAGACUUGCGGAAUGCGCGAGCCCGCGAACUGGAGGAGAAGCGGGUGAAUAAAGAACUGGCCAACAUCCGGCAGAAGUUCAAGGCAGGCAAUCUCAAUGGCUAUCAGAAGAAGAAAUACGUCUGCAAGUUGCUCUACGUCUACAUACAAGGGUACGAUGUCGAUUUCGGUCACCUCGAGGCGGUUAAUCUGGUCUCUUCCACCAAAUAUUCCGAGAAGCAGAUUGGGUACCUGGCGGUCACACUCUUCUUUCAUGAACAACAUGAGCUGCUGCAUCUCGUCGUCAACAGCAUUCGGAAGGAUCUACUCGAUUAUAAUGAGUUGAACAACUGCUUGGCCUUGCAUGCAGUUGCUAAUGUAGGUGGGAAAGAAAUGGGAGAGGCCCUGGGUACUGACGUUCACCGGCUUCUGAUCUCACCGACCUCAAAGGCCUUUGUUAAGAAGAAGGCAGCUUUAACCCUCCUCCGUUUAUACCGCAAGUAUCCUGGUAUUGUACAGAAUGAGUGGGCGGAACGAAUAAUCUCUUUAAUGGAUGACCCGGAUAUGGGCGUAACCUUGUCAGUCACGUCUCUCAUUAUGGCCCUUGCCCAAGAUAAGCCAGAGGAAUACAAAGGCUGCUACGUAAAAGCUGCCCAACGCUUGAAGAAGGUCGUCAUCGAUAACGAUAUGUCAGUCGAUUAUCUUUACUACCGUGUGCCAUGUCCCUGGAUCCAAGUGAAGUUGCUGCGUCUCCUUCAGUACUACCCACCUUCUGAGGACACCCGUGUCCGGGAGAUCAUCCGAGAGUCGUUACAACGAAUCAUGCACGUCGCAAUGGAGAUGCCGAGAAAUGUCCAGCAGAACAAUGCUCAAAAUGCUGUUUUAUUCGAAGCUAUCAACCUUCUUAUUCACCUAGAUACAGAGCACAGUCUUAUGAUGCAAAUAUCUUCCCGGCUGGGUAAAUACAUCCAAUCGCGCGAGACCAAUGUCCGGUACCUCGGCCUAGAUGCUAUGACCCAUUUUGCAGCCCGGGCAGAGACACUCGAUCCUAUCAAGAAGCACCAGAAUAUCAUUUUGGGCUCCCUCCGUGAUCGGGAUAUCAGCGUUCGCCGCAAGGGACUGGAUCUUGUCUACAGCAUGUGUGAUACAUCGAAUGCAGGCCCGAUAGUUAAUGAGCUUUUGCGGUAUCUCCAGACAGCUGACUAUGCGAUACGCGAGGAGAUGGUGCUAAAGAUCGCAAUCCUUACAGAGAAGUAUGCUACUGAUGCGCAAUGGUACAUUGACAUGACCUUGAAGCUUCUGUCCCUGGCUGGCGACCACGUGAAUGAAGAGGUCUGGCAACGAGUGAUUCAGAUCGUUACCAACAAUGAAGAAUUGCAGGCAUACGCUGCACAGAUUCUCAUCGGUUAUCUGAAAGUCGACUGCCAUGAAAGCUUGGUGAAAAUCGGAAGCUAUGUUCUGGGCGAGUUUGGCCACCUGAUAGCUGAUAACCCGGGAUCAAGUCCCAUUGAGCAGUUCCUAACCUUGCAGGCGAAGAUGUUCUCUUGCUCCGAUAACACACGGGCUAUGAUCUUAUCAUCCUUCGUCAAAUUUGUUAAUCUAUUCCCUGAAAUCAAGCCACAGCUUCUGCACAUAUUCCGCUUGUACAGUCAUUCGCCCGAUUCCGAGCUACAGCAACGCGCUUUUGAAUAUCUAUCAUUGGCCACGCAGCCGACAGAUGACCUUCUCCGAACCGUUUGCGACGAAAUGCCUCCUUUCUCAGAGCGUGCGUCAAUUCUUCUGUCUCGUCUUCACCAGAAGACCGCUGGCACUUCCGAGAAGAAGACAUGGGUUGUGGGCGGUAAAGAUGCCAAUGCGGAUAAGAGCGAAGUCAUGAUGGCACAGAAUACUGGACUGAAGCGCUCGUUUACAACAAUCGCUAAUGGUGCCAAUGGCACUUCGAAUGGAAAACUCAAGUCAAGUGCAUCAGGCGAUCUGGUUGGCCUUGAUCUUAGUGCUCCGUCUACCCCGGCCCCUAACUUAGCCAGUGCAGCGCAUCUAACGCCUGAUUGGGAUAUUGGGUACAAUCGGCUAUUCUUCUCUGACGAGGGCGUACUGUUUGAAGACGUGCAGAUUCAGGUCGGCAUGCGGUCGGAGUACCGCGGGCAUUUGGGUGUUGUGAAACUUUACUUCAGUAAUAAAUCGCCGUAUCCUGUGGGAUCAUUUACGACGACACUGGACAACUCCGAGGCCACGAACCUAAAAAUCGAUACGAAGAGCCUUCCCGAGUCUCCGAUCCCGGCCGCCGGUCAAACCCAGCAGACGAUCUUUGUUGAAUCCCAUGGGCCAUUUUCUGAACCACCUACCAUCCGUAUCUCGUACUUAGCUGGAGCACUUCAGGCCUACACUUUACGGCUACCAAUUUUGAUGCACCGAUAUAUGGAACCGUCGUCAUUGAGUGCAGAAGACUUCUUCAAGCGGUGGAGGCAAAUCGGCGGGCCGCCAUUGGAGGCACAACACACCUUUGGCGUUGCGAAGGGGAAGUCCAUCGAUGAUGUAUUCACCAGAAGAGUUGUUGAAGGCUUUCAAUGGAAGAUUCUGGAUGGCGUGGAUCCCAUCUCGAAGAACGUUGUUGGUUGUGGCGUGUAUGAAUCUAGCGAAGGAAAAACGGGUUGCCUUCUACGGUUGGAGCCCAAUUAUGAGAAAAAUAUGUACCGAAUCACGAUCCGUGCCACUCAGGAGGCAGUCCCGCAGGCCCUGAUGAAGCAGAUGGAGCAGAAAUUGUCACAGGGGAUAAACAGGGAGAAGUAUGUGUAG